AUGUCUCUCUGCGCGUUCGCAAGACGGACUCCCGCGUCGCUGAGCUGGGCUUCGCGGACACAUACAGUCACCGCCAUGCCUUUGCGCGCAAAGAUCACACAUCCUUCGUGGAUGGCCGGCACACGAAAGUACUCGACGCCGACCGAAGAGGUCGAGGAGCUGGACGAAGAGUCCACACCGCCGGGCGAAGAGCCCAUGACGCCGACAAAAACCCUCCUCAAGCAUCGAAAGAGCGACAACCCAGAUGAUGUCAUCUUCACCAACAACUACGGAGUGCGCAGCAUCCAGCUCAACCGACCGGAGAAGCUCAACUCUCUAGACGGCUCCAUGGUUCGCAAGAUCAUCCCCAGGCUGCAGGAGUGGGCGAAAUCAGAGCUCGCAGGCGUGGUUGUCAUCAAGGGCACAGGGCGUGCCUUCUGCGCAGGUGGAGACGUUGCGGCGUUGGCAAAGGCUAAUCGGAGAGGCCCCAAGGGGCAGAAGGAGAGCUCGGAUUACUUUGCCCUGGAAUAUAAGCUGGAUCAUCUGAUUGCAACAUACACGAAGCCGUACGUUGCCAUCAUGGACGGUAUCACAAUGGGCGGAGGCGUUGGUCUGUCCAUUCACGCUCCUUUCAGGAUCGCGACCGAGAACACCCUCUUCGCUAUGCCUGAGACCACCAUUGGAUUUUUCCCUGACGUUGGCGCAUCCUUCUUCUUACCGCGCAUGGAGGGAGCGCUCGGCACAUACCUCGCUCUAACCUCUGAGCAGCUGAGGGGCGUAGACGCCUUCUACCACGGCGUUGCGACCCACUACAUCCAUUCUUCGACCCUGCAGCAGCUUGAGUCGCGUCUCGCCGAACUGCAGUUCCCUGACUACAUGCCCCUGCAGGAUCGCUUCAAGAUCAUCAACGCCACAAUCGAGGAAUACAGCACUGGUCUCCCCGCCGACAAGCCUGCCAUUUCCGGCGAGCUCCGCAAGGCCAUCGACCGUAUCUUCCACGUUGACCAGCCCAACAUCAAGGCUAUUCUCGCCUCGCUCGACGAACUCUCCAACGACACCAAGGCCUCCGAGCCCCUGAAGACCUGGGCCAGGAAGACCAUCGAGACCAUCGAGACUCGCUCUCCAAUCUCCGUCGCCGUUACCCUCGAGCAGAUGCGCAUCGGUCGCCAGUGGUCCAUCGCCCAGACAUUCCAGAAGGAACACGACAUCGCCACGGCAUUCAUGGCACACCCUGACUUCGUCGAGGGCGUAACCGCAAAGCUCAUUCAGAGGAAAAAGGAGCGCCCCGACUGGAAGCCCAACACCCUCAACGAGAUCAAGAAGCGCAACGUUCACGCUUUCUUCAUCGGCAGAGACGACGGCCAGAAGCUGUCACUCCUUUCUGAUACCGAUUACACAGAAUACCCGCAUGCUUGGAUUGGGCUGCCGCGCGAAGAGGAGAUUAUUCGUGAGAUGAGCGGAAAUAAGGCCGAGGAUGCUAUUGCGAAUCUGCUGGAGAAGUACGAUGGCAAGCAGGGUAUCAGGGAGAAGGUUGCUGAGGUUAUGUCGAGACUCGCCUUGUAG